CUCAGUUUUUGCAUAUGCUGAAGUUGUUAUUGUAUUGUAUUGCUCUUCAUUUGCUUUUUACUGUAUUUCGUGUCAAAGUCGACAUGUUUUACGUUUGUUGCUUUCCUCCUCCAAAAAGUUGUGCAUAUUUUGAAAUAAUAUAUUAAGUGCUUUCAAUUUUAUAUUCAAUUACGUUUUUUAGUCACAAUUUUUAAAUUAAAACGCGGACCUGGUGUCAAUGGCUGCAUGUGUCGUUCGUUGUAAAACUUCUAACAUCAAAUGAAUUAAAUUCAACAAGUUUAGUACUUAUUUAAUAAUGUGCAUUUCUUUUUUUAUAUAUUUAGUCAUAAACUAAAAUCGAUUGAUAUGUUGUUUGAAACUAACAACGUGUGAAGUGUAAAAAAUACCCCAGAAGCAAUACCUGAAAUUUUUAUAAGUGAAAAUACGCAGCAAAGUUGUAGAUACAAAGCAACCAAAAGCAAAUAUUAGUAACCAAUAUAUUGUCUUUGUUUCAACGCAAUAUAAACAAUAAGCGAAAAAACAAAUAAAACAAAAAAAAAAAUAAAAACAAAACCGAAAAGAUUGAGAGUAUUUUUCAUUCAAGUUCUAAAUUCUUUAUGAACAAUUUAUUGUUUUGAAAAAAAUUAUUCAAGUUCAAGGACGAGUAAAAUCAAAUAAAGUAGCAAGAACAACAACAACAACAACAGCAGCAACAACGGCAUUGCUUGUGCAGAUAUAGAAAAUAUCUGGAAAAACGGUUCUUGUGUUAAGUAAAAGUAAAAGAAUUUUUGUGAGAAGUUCAAACGAGAUUUUUCUAAAAAGCGCGUGGGUUGCCGCACAAUAUUUCAAGAAACAUCGAUCAUUCAACCCAAAGCAGAUACUCAAGAAGGGAGGGGACAAUUAAAUUGCGUCGCAGAGCCGAACAAAGAAAACCCCUCCCUCAGAAGCUUAAUUUUGUUAGCAAAUAUCAGUUAGCAUCAAUUUGAAAACUGCAGUAAAGUAAUCUAUAUUUUAAAAAACUAUUCGAAAAAAAUAAUUAUAAAUCGUGUUCCUCUGCGCAAAUCAAUUGAUUACAAGGAAACGUUAUUGAGAAUCGAGUAGGCGAAAUCAAGCGGAAGAAUAUUGUUACUAUUUACAAAAAUUAGAAAAACAAAAGCGUCAAGAUGAGGUCGAAUAAAAAAUCGUAUGCUAUAAAAAUAUUGCAAAUAGCAUUGGCAUUGAGUUUGUUACAGGGGGAUCCUGAUAUAUAUCUGCAACAACGUUUACGUAGCUGGGACUCUCAACUAGAACUGCGAGAUGGUGAUGGUUGGGAGUUGGAAUUGUUGCGUGCUGUGCCAAUGGUGGAAUAUCCCUAUGCCAACCGAAAAACUAUGAUGCCGUUGAUAGAGGAUUUAAUACGUUAUGAUCGACAACGCGAGAAACAUAAUCAUCAAAAUAUAACGGCAUAUUUGCUGGUACAUAAUGAUCUUGCUACAAAUCAAACAGCUGCAAUACAAGAACUACAAGCAACGCCUAACGCUCAAACUGUUAGUAACCCAAGUACUGGUGCAGCUGGGCUGGAGCAUGUAAAUGCAGCAAAUUUAGCAUCUACAGAAUUAAAUGUAAAUGCUUCUCGUUUGAGUCCAAUACCGGAACUAGAUAUGUUUUUAAACUUGGAUACAGCUUUUGAUCCACGUCCGAUAUGGGAGCAGAAUUUAGCAAAUUUAAGUGAUUAUGGUGAUUUGUCUGGACUAAACCAUUAUAAUGGAUUGCCUCUGAAAGAUGAGCCUUCAAGUUCAACAUAUUUAGAUGUAUAUUUACCAAAUUUUUCCGACGAUAGUCUGAAAGAUAUUAAAACUGAAGGAGCGACUGCGUUGAAUGAUACAUUUCCAAAUCCUGGCGAUUUGACAAGUAUUAAAAAUGAGCACUCCGACAAUAAUGACCUCAAUGAACUCGAAGCUUUGAAUAAUCUUGCUUCAUGUUCUUCAAAUUCAUUAUCUCAAAGAUGCAUUAAAAAAGAACCAGUAGACUCUGAAAAAGAUACAAAUGAUUCGGAUCCAUUUUUAACUACUGAGGAAAGUGAAAUCGUUGAAGUACUUUGGAAACAAGAUGUCGAUUUGGGUUUCAGCUUGACUUCAGAACUGCAACUGAAUUCAAAUACUGGCGAAAGCGAUAUCGACCUUCUCAAAACUAAACAAUUGGAUUCCAGUCAACAAGAUAAUGAAGACAUCAAUAAACUAAAGGCUCUUGAAGAACUCAAAUUAGAUAAGCUUAAAUAUGACUCUAAAGAUAAUAAUCAUGAUGAAGAUAUUGGUGAUGAAUGGGCUGGAAUACCAUUUAUUAUAGAUAAUGAAACUGGUGAAUAUAUUCGAUUACCUUUGGACGAAUUACUCCACGACGUUAUACAAUUGUCUGAGUUGGCUGGAAAAGACAACGAGGUUGAAAGCGAUCCUAUUGCUUCUACAUCAAAAGCCGCUGGUGUUCAAAGUAAUAACAAACAACUAAACAAAUUAGAUUUUGACGGUAAAAACAUCGAAGAUAAAGACAACGUCGAUAACAACAACAAAAAUAACACCAAUAACAAUAACGAUAGCAACAAUUACAAAAACGACGGAGAAUUAUCUAACGAAGACGAUCUACCACAAUCAGAGAUCGAAGUCGGUUUACUUCCAUCGCCUCUUUUUGAUUUAGAUGACGAAGCAAAGGAAGAACUAGUCGAAGACUUGGAUAGAAUGAUACAAUCAGCUACGCCAGCAUUCCAUCACCCUCAUCAUCACCAUCCGCACCGUCCAACAGCCGCAGGCAUACAGAAUUAUGCCGUUGGCAGUGGUGCGAACAGUGCAUUCCACAGGCAAGCGACCGGUUUCCAUCAUGGACACCACCAUCAGGGGCGCGUUUCGCUCAGUCGUGGUGUUUCAAUGGAGCAACGUUUGCAGGAUAUUGCAAAUUUCUUCAAUCCAAUACCUAGCAUGGGUGUUGUUGGCGGUGUUUCCGACAUGGGUGGCUACCCUCAUUAUCCAACUCAUCCAUACUCAUAUCAGGGUGCAACUGGCAUAACUGCACCUCCUCAACACAGUCAAUAUCCACCGCCACCACCACAUCACCAUGGACACCAUACAAUGUUACAUCCAAAUGCUACUCUUGGUGAUCUUUGCUCAAAUCAGCCACACUAUGGACACAAUUUAGGCUCUGCAGUUACUUCAAGUAUGCAUCUAACUAAUGCCAGUCAUGAUGCCGACCUUGGUGCGGGCGCUACUGGUGGUUCAAGUAAUGCAGGUCCAUACAAAAUGGAGCAUGACUUGAUGUAUUACAAUGUCUCUUCUGAUAUAAAUCAUACUACUGAUGGUUUUAUUAAUUCUAUUUUGAACGAUGAAGAUUUACAUUUAAUGGAUAUGAAUGUCACUGACAAUUUUUGCCGCAUGGUAGACAUCAAUAAUAGCACAAGUAACAAUUCAUCAGUGUUAGGAUUAGCCAGUGGGCACACAAGCACUGGUGGUGGUAGUGGCACAAAUAGUCUUUCUAUGAACGGUGUAACAAAUUCUGCUGGUAGCGGUAUGACUACAGAUUUGAUCAAUCAAGGAGGACAAGUUGGUGAUCGUCUGGAUGCUUCAAGUGAUAGUGCAGUUAGUUCAAUGGGUUCUGAGCGAGUACCAUCGCUUUCCGAUGGCGAAUGGGGUGAAGGCAGUGAUUCCGCACAAGAUUAUCAUCAGGGUAAAUAUGGUGGACCAUACGAUUAUAGUUAUAGUAACAAUAAUCGCUUAAAUGAUGGCACACGCCAACCACCUGUAGCACAGAAGAAACAUCAAAUGUUUGGUAAGCGUUAUAUGCAUGACCAACCUAGCAUUACAGGCGCAACAGCUGGUGUCAACAGUACUGCACCUGUUAAUGGCAUGACGCCUUCCAAUCCACUAUUACAUGGUCCUGCACAAUCAAUUAAGUAUGAGUAUGAACCAUACACGGCAACAGGAUUGCAUCAAAAUUCAAAUGGCAUUGGGCUAGGAGAAGGUGCAAUGGUACCUGUUUUAAAUAAAGAUCAACAGACAUAUGAUAUGAAAUAUUCAAAUGGCACUUUAGGUACCUAUUCCAUAGAUUAUUCAAUACGUCAACCGCGUACAACGCAAGAAAUUGUACAUCACAAUCAUUCGUACACAUUGCCACAAGGAACAGGUUCUUUGCCACGUCCACAAUUGCGUGACAAGAAGUUGUCAACCUCUUCGUCAUCUAUAAAGAGUUCUAAAUCAGUAUCAAGCAGUGAAGAUGAGCAUUUAACACGUGAUGAGAAGCGUGCACGUGCACUUAACAUACCCAUUGCCGUAAUUGACAUAAUAAACUUACCUAUGGAUGAAUUCAAUGAGCGUCUCUCCAAAUAUGAUCUUACUGAAAAUCAACUAUCACUAAUUCGUGAUAUUCGAAGAAGAGGAAAAAAUAAGGUUGCUGCACAAAAUUGUCGCAAACGCAAACUAGAUCAGAUUGUAUCGCUUGAAGAUGAAGUUAAAGAAGUACGCAAACGCAAAGAUGAACUACAAAGUGAUCUGGAAGGAUUGUCUUCAGCACGUAAACAUAUUUCAAAUAAAUUCGCUGCUUUACAUAGACAUAUCUUCCAAUACUUACGUGAUUCCGAAGGUAAUCCAUGCUCUCCUUCAGAAUAUAGUUUGCAACAAGCAGCAGAUGGUUCUAUAUUCCUGUUACCACGUGAUAGCAGCAAUAAAACUGAUGCUGUAAAUGGUAUUGCUGCUACAUCGUCAAACAAUAAUAACAGUAACAAUAGUAUAAAUGGUGGUGGACACCUUAACAAUUCAACAACAACACCUUUACAACAUCCACAUGUGCAAGUUGCUGCAACGCAUCAACAACACAGUCAUCAACACAAUCAUAACUUAACACAACCACUUUCUCAUCAUUCAGUACAACUACAGCAUCAACAGCAGCAACAACAACAACAGCAGCAGCAGCAACAUCAUCAACAUGCACAUCACCAUCAUCAGUCACAUCGAAAAGAUUGAAAACUACUGCUACACUGUACGAAUUGGUUAAACAUGCGUAAUAGUCAUCAUUUCAACUAUCAUCAGCAAUUCUACCAGUACCAACACCGAUAUCGACAUUCGCACCAACAGCAGAUUUAGCAUUACUCCCCUCUGGCACAAACAAGUUUGGUAUCAUCAUAGUCAACGACCAACAGCGAUUGCACAAAUAAUAAAAAACAAAAAGAGAAUUUUUGAUUUUAAUAAAUUGAAAAAUUAUUUAAAAACAAUUCUUGGGAGAAGGAUAAAUUUUUUUAAAAUAAUUUUUAAAUGUAAAUGUCUACGAAAAUGUGGGAUGUGGUAACUAAUUUAUAACGUUGGUUUAAAAGUUUUUAGUAUUGCUCAUAUAUAGUUUCAUAAUUUUUCUCCUUGCAUUCGUCGAUUAAUAUUUUAAUUUCUAUA